CAGUGAAGCUCCUCCCACAGUAAUUCAGUAAUAAAUGCUGCAAAUUCCCAUCAGCUACAAGUGAAGAUGAGCAUGAAAGCAUCAGGAAGAGCUGAAAUCUGCCAAGACUGAGUUUAUUAAAGAGGACAGUGAGAACAUGAGUGAUCCAGAACCCUGCAGAAUGAAACACACUGAAGAUCCUGAAGAACAAAGAGAUCAGCUCCUCCCACUGCAAUCACAUCAUCAGUGAAGCUCCUCCCACUGUAAUCACAUCAUCAGUGAAGCUCCUCCCACAGUCAUUCAUCAAUAAAUGCUGUAAAUUCCCAUCAGCUUCAAGUGAAGACGAGCAUCAGAGCAUCAGGAAGAGCUGAAAUCUGCCAAGACUGAGUUUAUUAAAGAGGACAGUGAGAACAUGAGUGAUCCAGAACCCUGCAGAAUGAAACACACUGAAGAUCCUGAAGGACAAAGAGACCCGAUGGAAGACAGCGAGGAGAGUGAAGAACUGAGUGAAGUGGAGGAGGAGAGUGAAGAACUGAGUGAAGUGGAGGAGGAGAGUGAAGAACUGAGUGAAGUGAAGGAGGAGAGAGAAGAACUGAGUGAAGUGAAGGAGGAGAGAGAAGAACUGAGUGAAGUGAAGGAGGAGAGAGAAGAACUGAGUGAAGUGAAGGAGGAGAGAGAAGAACUGAGUGAAGUGAAGGAGGAGAGAGAAGAACUGAGUGAAGUGGAGGAGGAGAGAGAAGAACUGAGUGAAGUGAAGGAGGAGAGUGAAGUGGAGGAGGAGAGUGAAGAACUGAGUGAAGUGAAGGAGGAGAGUGAAGUGGAGGAGGAGAGUGAAGAACUGAGUGAAGUGGAGGAGGAACAUCAUGUCCAACCUGGAGAAAAACUUUUGAGUCGCUCAAAGACUAAAAAUACAUUUUUAAAGGAAAGAAGAGCCAAGAAAUCUUUCACCUGCACUCAGUGUGGAAACAGUUUCACAAGCAAACAAUGUCUUGAGAUUCACAUGAGGAUCCACACUGGAGAGAAGCCGUUCACAUGUGAUCAAUGCGGGAAUAGUUACAGGCAAUCUUCAUCCCUUAAAGAACACAUGAUGAUCCACACCGGAGAGAAGCCGUUCUCAUGUGAUCAGUGUGGCAGAACAUUUGUUAGGUCAUCACACCUGAAGACACACCUGAGAGUUCAUACGAAGGAGAAGCCGUAUUCAUGUUCUGUGUGUGGAAAGAGUUUUUCACAUCGGCACGCUUUACAUACACAUCAGAAAACUCACACUGGUGUAAAAGAGUACAUGUGCUUUGAGUGUGAGAAGACUUUUACUACAGCAAACUGUUUAAAACUGCACCAGAGAAUUCACACUGGAGAAAAACCUUACAAGUGUUCACACUGUGACAAGAGAUUCAGUCGAUUAUCAUAUCUGAAAACACAUAAGAUGAUCCACACUGGAGAAAAACCUUACAAGUGUUCACACUGUGACAAGAGAUUCAUUCGAUCAUUACAUCUGAAAACACAUGAGAGGAUCCACACUGGAGAGAAACCUUACAAGUGUUCACACUGUGACAAGAGAUUCAGUCGAUCAGAAACUCUGAAAACACAUGAGAUGAUCCACACUGGAGAAAAACCUUACAAGUGUUCACACUGUGACAAGAGAUUCAGUCGAUCAUCAUAUCUGAAAACACAUGAGAGGAUCCACACUGGAGAAAAACCUUACAAGUGUUCACACUGUGACAAGAGAUUCAGUCUGUCAUCAUCUCUGAUAACACAUGAGAGGAUCCACACUGGAGAAAAACCUUACAAGUGUUCACACUGUGACAAGAGAUUCAGUGAUUUAUCAACUCUGAAAAAACAUGAGAGGAUCCACAGCAGAGAGAAGCCGCACACGUGUGAUCAGUGCGGGAAGAGUUUCUCUAUUAAAACUCACCUGAAGCUACACAUGAAGAUCCACACAGUGGAGAAACCACUUAAACACAGUCUGAGAUCACGGUAAGUAGUUUAUUUGCAUGUGCUGAGCAACAAAGUCUCUUCUGUGUAAGUUAGCCACACAUCACCCUAUAGCCACAUCUCUCCUCUCCACCUAUAGCCGGUGUGUGGUGAGCACAGGACA